AUGUCGUUCCAGCUGGGGGGGCAGCAGGAGACGGCGGUGGUGUCGACGGCGGCGGCGGAGGGCUCGGGCUCCGGCGGCGGGUCUGUGGGCCCGGUGAUCGGCGUUCUAGCGGUGAUCGCCGUGCUGGCAGUGGCGGCGGGGAUGGCGGGGCGUCUGUGCGCCGGCGGGAGGGUCUUCGGCCUCGGCCGCUACGACGUCGAGAGCUGGAUCGACAAGAAGUUCGGGACCUGCAUCGACGGCGCCGUCGAAGAGCCGCCGCCGCCACUGCCGCAGCCGUCGCCGCCGCCACCUCCGCAACGGGCCGCUACGGCCGCCGGCGGGAGCGGCGCCAUCGCCAUGGAGAUCCCGACGGAGAUAACCUCGCAGGCGGAGUGGCAACACGCGGCGGAGUUCUCCGCCCGGAGAGCCGCCGCCGGCCUUCCGUCGCCCUUCCAAACCUGA